AUGGAGGGCCAGCUGCGAGAGCUCCUUCCUUUUCUCCGCGACAAAAACCCCCAAGUUCGCCAAAUAGCUUUAUCUAAUCUUCUUCCUCAGACUCCAAAAGAAUCGCCGCAUCGAGCCAUAUUCUUCACCGGCCUGCAAGGCGGGGGGUUGCAAAAAUCGAAAGAAAAGGAAGUGAUCCGCGAUCUGAAGCUCUUAUGUCGGGAUCAGCUGGCCGUAGCUCACGACGCGUUCCGCGCUCUCGUGAACCUGUCCGACUCACCUCUCCUGGUACCAGCGCUAUCCGAGCCGUUGUUCCUCAACUUCCUUGUCUCCUACAUUCUUAGUCCCGAUUCCACCCUCGCGGAUCUUGCAUCAAUGCUACUAUCUAACUUGACUGCAUCGUCUGGUCCUUGUUCUACCCUGCUCUCCCUGUCUGUGCCGAUGAUUGGACCUUAUCCCACUAAUUCACGAAGUGGCACAUCUCCUGCUCCUCUUCCGUAUCCACAAGGCGAGCCCCAAGAACGACUAGCUCUUCCUUUGCUGGUGGAUGCGUUCGUUCAAGCUUCCGCUACCGAUCCAUCUGGUGAUCUAUCGAAACGACCGAGAAAAGGAGAUCUCCACUUCCUUGCCAGCGUUUUCGCCAAUAUCACCACGUCUCCCGCCGGUCGCAUAUUCUUCUUCCAGCCUUAUUCCAGCGUUGACGGGCGGACGGAGUACCCCCUCGCAAAAAUAGUGCCUUUCACGGAGCACAAGGAUAAAAUACGAAGAGGUGGUGUAGCCUCGACGAUGAAGAAUUGUGCUUUCCAUGUUCCAGGCCACCGCGCGUUCCUCAGCCCCGAAGAUACUUUAAUCAAAGUGCCUCCUUCCACCAUUGAGGCUCCAGGAAUUGAUGCACUUCCGUAUCUCCUCUUACCGUUGGCUGGUCCUGAAGAAUUUGAUCUAGAUGAUCAAGAACGCUUACUCUCUUCUCUACAAUUUCUCCCACCGACAAAAACUCGCGAAGCAGAUCCCUCCAUCCGCCUGACACACGUAGAAACUCUGCUCUUGCUUUGUCAUACGCGGUGGGGACGAGACUACCUCCGUGAACACGGGACAUAUGAGAUCGUUAGAGCAACGCAUGAAUGCGAAACCGUUGAUAAGAUUUCGGAACAUAUCGAACGCCUGGUCCAGCUUCUCAAGGGCGACGAGCCUUCGCACUCCAUAGAUGAGGUUGAUAACGACAAUGAGGUUGGAGUUGAUGCGGGUGUCUCCCCUCCUAAGAGUAAAGCAAUCGAGGCAGCCCCUAAAGAGGACAGCGACGAUGAAGAUAAUAUAAUAGAAGAAAUAUAA